CUUCCACGGCACUUUUCUAUACGUCUCAGAAAAACGUAAAUAUUUUUCUGCCCGAGGUACGCGCGUCCGUGGAAAAUGGAAAUCAACUACACGUACAGCAAGCGCAGACGGGAGUUCGGCAAACAAAUCCGGUUUGGCGAUCACGGGCCGGUCGUGUUGGCGUGCGUGAUGCCUGACCCCAGCUUGGAAGAGCAGUGGGUGCACGAGGAUCCGGUAAACAGGAGCACCAACAACGGCGUGCAGUGGUCGGAGCACGAGGCGAAUACGGUGCGCGUGGAAUACGCCGAGCGCGGGAUUUGGCAUACGGAAGGCGGUUGGCCCAAGGACAUAAACCCCGACGAUCCGGAACAGGUGGUCAGAUUCCGAAAGAAAGCGGAAAAAGACGAAUCGUAUUUGCAAGCGGUCAUGCAAAUGUCGAGCGUCGUCGAACAUUACAUAAACCAAAAUAACGCCAUCGAUGUAUAUCAAUCGUAUUUCACCGAUCCGAGCUGUCAGAAGAUGCAAACAUUGGCUCCGUCUUUCCGGACGAUGGCAGUGAUGUCAGACCCUUGCGAUCCAACUAGGCCGGUGCAACACAUAUCUUGGUCACCAGACCAGGGCAAACUGGUCGCAGUCAGCUACGCCGAUAUGAGAUUUCAGGCAGCCAAUCCGGAGAACAGUCCUGAUUCAUUCAUAUUCACCUUGGAGUCCAACACUCCGUACUUCUCAAUCGAAUCGCCGCAUCCGAUCGUCACGCUCGAGUUCAACCAUCGCGACGCACAGUGCCUGGCGGGCGGACUGAUGAGCGGUCAGGUCGCGUACUGGGAUAUUCGCAAGAGCUCGGCGAACGUAGCCGUCAGCAACCUGAGAAAUGGGCAUCGCGAUCCCGUCAGGAGUCUCCAUUGGAUCCAUUCGAAAACCAGUACGGAAUUCUACACCGGUUCAAGCGACGGUCAGGUCAUGUGGUGGGACGCCCGGAAGCUGACGGAGCCCACGGAAGUGUUGAUAUUGGAUUUAUCGAAAAACGAAAAUGCCGACGAACCAGAAUGGAGUAAGCAGGCUCGCACCCACGGAGUGACUUGUAUGGACUACGAUCCAUCGAUUCCGAUACGUUUCAUGAUUGGCACAGAAACCGGAUUGGUGUUUAACGGCAACCGUAAGGGAAAAACCGUUUUUGAAAAGAUUUCGGCCACGUAUUACUGUCAUCACGGGCCCGUGUAUUCGGCGCAGCGGAAUCCUGCGUUUCUGAAAAACUUUCUGACGGUCGGUGACUGGCAAGUGCGUGUAUGGUCGGAAGACGUCAAGGAAUCGCCCAUAAUGUGGACCAAACACCACGACGUGCGGUUGACCGAUGGCGCUUGGAGUGAAUCGAAACCGUCGGUUUUCUACACGACCCGAGCGGACGGAUGCUUGGAGUGUUGGGACGUGUUGCAAAAACAAAACGAUCCGACGCUGACGAUUAAGGUGGCGGACAAGGAGCUGAACUGCCUCAGGUGUCACGAAGGAGGAGCCCUAUUGGCCGUCGGCGACGAUUGCGGCAAAACGUACGUGAUCGAAAUGAACGAUUGGUUUGUGACGCCGGGGAAGAACGAUAAGGCGCUUUUGACAGCCAUGUUCGACCGCGAGACGAGACGGGAGAAAAUAAUCGAGGCGAAACAACGGGAACUGAAAUUGAAAACCAAAUCGUCGGCAAAAGCAGAGGCCACGCAGACGGCGAAAGACAAACACGCCCAACUGGCCGAGACCGAAGCCCGAAUGAUCGCGGAGGCGGAAAAAGAAUUUGACGAACUAAUUAACGAACUGUCGAUGAAUGACAAACACGAUGAUGAAAACGGAUUAGAAAAUCAGGAAAAAGAAAACGUCGAUGAACUUUAUGAUCAAACAGUCGAUCAAUAAAUUGAUGAACAGAAAAUUAUUCUUUAUACAAAUACAAUUGCUUAUUAAAAUAUCAAAAUAGACAUGAAAUUACGUAAAAAAAUAAUACAAUUCAAUUUUAUUUGUACUACUCAAGUUUUAU